UUGUUUCUUACACAAGAAAGAAAGAAAGCUAACGUCUGGUUCAAGAAAUAUGUCGAAGACACCAGAGAAACAAGAACUGCCACUAGAAACGAGUCCGUACACAAAGUACGAGGAUAUAGAAGAUUACAAGAAGAAUGCUUAUGGAACUUCCGGUCACCAAGAGGUUAAGCCUGGCCAAGGCGGCGGGGCAACCGACGCACCGACCCUCUCUGGCAGUGCUCCUCCAUCCGCUAUAGAUUCAGCUAACCAACAAGCUAAGAAGUGAAUCACUCAGUUAUUACAAAACAAAACAAAACAAACAUGUUUCUAAUUGCUUCUGUUUUAAUUACUAUCCAAUGUGAUUUAUUUGACGCCUUGUGAAAGCUGACUUGUUUUUUUUCUCCUAAUCCAUUGGUAUGAUCCAAUCUCAUCAAUAAAUAAAUGUAAAAAUUUGGCAUCA